CGGAUUAGGGUUUCCUCCUUCUCCUCUCUCGGGAAAGGAACGACGUUCGGUGAGGUUGUUGGGUUGGGUCGGUUGAUUGGUUGGUUGGCUGGUCGGUCGGUUUGUUUUUUUUUCCGCCCCCUCGAGGGAGAGAUUAUGGGGUUGAAGGGCGACGACGACGUGGCGGUCGACGACGGCGACGGCGGAGGCAGGUCGGUGUCGUGCUCCAUUUGCCUCGAGGUCGUCAUCGACAAUGGGGAUCGGUCGUGGGCCAAGCUCCAGUGCGGUCAUCAGUUCCAUUUAGAUUGCAUUGGUUCUGCAUUCAAUUGCAAGGGUGCAAUGCAGUGCCCAAACUGCCGGAAGACUGAGAAGGGACAAUGGCUUUAUGCUACUGGUUGCCGUUCACUUCCUGAGUUUAGCUUGGAUGACUGGGCCCAUGAGGAGGAUCUAUAUGACUUAAGUUAUUCUGAAAUGACCUUCGGGGUUCACUGGUGUCCAUAUGGACAAUUGGCAAGGCUGCCUUCUUUUGAUGAGGGGGAAAUUUCGGCACCUGCAUAUAAUGAUCUCCGGGUGCAUCAUACUAUGUUUUCUGAGCAAUCUUCUGUAUCAUCUGCUGCUCAUCCCUGCCCGUACAUCGCUUAUUUUGGACCUAUUCACCCCUCCACAUCUAGUUCGAAUGGGAGCAUCCCAGAUGGUACAAACUUUAGUAACCCUUGGAAUGGCCCAUCAUUACCUAGUGAAGUUCCAAAUUCUUAUGCCUUUCCCGCCAUGGAUGUUCAAUUUCAUAGCUGGGACCAAUCUCCUUUCUCUACCAGCAGCAGACGUAUUGGUAAUGCUGAUCAACCUUCAAUUCCGCCUAAUCCUGUUCAGAGGUCCUCUAGGACAAAUUCUGACACAACAAGACCAGCAUCAUUUAUGCAUCCGUUCCUUGUUGGCCACAGUUCUGGGGCUAGAUCUGGGAGCUCAGUACCAUCAUCGCUGAUUCCUCCAUAUCCGGGCAGCAAUGCUCGAGCUAGAAAUAGAGGCCAAGCUCUGCAGGCAUUCUACCAGCAACAACCUAGUCAUUCUCGUACGCCAAUAGCUCCAGGGACUCGGCGAUCUACAACUCACAGAGGAAUGAGUCACAUGGGUUCAGUGGCCUCAUCGUCAUCUGAACAGAGCAACGGCUUCUAUUUUAUCCCGGCAAGUUCCUCAGGCCCAAACUUCCAAGAACCUGAAAACCCCGUGUCAGCUCGUUUUCAUGCGUGGGAGAGGGAUCAUUUGCAGUCAUAUCAACCAAGCCAGGUUGAGAGAGAGUCCAUCUGGCAUUUCCACCAGCCUGCAGGUGGAUCAGAAUCAGGAAUCAGGUCCAACAGCUUCCGCCUAAGGCACGGGUCUGAGAGGACUCCUCACUCAUAGACUUAAACGUUAUCCCUUUUCCCCGGUGAAGCAAAAACUGCAAGUACUAUGACUCAGAACUGAUAUGUAUGCUUGAACAAUACUUCAUGCUUGCUGUCUGUGAGUCCUGUUCCAAUCAGACUCAAUCUGUGGAGUGGCCGAGAAAAAACAAUCUUUUGGUAGCCACGUCCGUGCCCACGCGCACGUAGUGCUGUGGUGGACUCUUUAAGUUUCUUUAAAUACUCUUCUUAUUCAA